AUGCAGUCCCAUCUCACCAGACGGGUCUUCCAGGCACUCAUCAACAAUGAACCGCUUCGUUUCUCGCAAUGCCGUCGGUACCGUCUGCUACAUACCAUAGCUCCUCUACGUGUACGAGGUCCUCUCCCAGGUCUGCCGCAUAUGUCACGACGCACACUCUUCGCCUUUAAUCUGUCCCAAAACUCCGAGGGACAGUCGACCACGCUACCCUCCGAGAAAGGCCUGAAGCCAAUGGCGGAUUUGAUGAGGUCUCUCGUCGAUAGAAGCAGACCCCCUCCCAAUGACGUCCUCGCAAAGGCAUUUGAAGUAUUCUUUGCUACACGACUCGAAACACCAGGAACUAUCAAUCUUUUCCAAGCUCGCCACCUGAACAUCACGUGGAAACAUUUGAAGAAGCAACAACCCGAGCUGGAAGAAGACGAGUAUCAGAAUGUCUUUUCAAUUGAGAACCUUGAGAAGAUGCUGUAUGUGCUCAAUGAAUGUGAAAUUCCUCAGGAGGCUCGCGAGACUGUCCUGCGCCUCGGCCGAUUCGCAUAUAAUGAACUCUGCGCGGAUCAUGGAUUUGGCGCGAACAAGAUUAGCAGAGAAGCUAUUAUUCUCUACGUUAAUCUCACAGCCAUGAAUGGAAACCCCGAAGAAGCGAGACAUACAGUGCUGAAGUAUAUGGGCCAAUUGCGCAACGCCAAACCAUCGCCUUGGCUCACUGUGCUUAAGGGAUUUGCCCUGAAAGACGAUCUGCGGCCGGUCCGGAGAAUCGUCGAGGAAUUCGAGAAACAUGGCAACAAGUUUGACAGCAAUUCUCAUCUUGAACUGCUCAUAUUCCUCAUUGACCAGGACCAGCUUCAUGCAGUCCAGACUGUCUACAAUUUCUCGAUCUCCGACCAACCCGAACCUUCCCUGGCUGCAAAAGAGGCUGUCAUCAAGUAUUGUAUCUUUAAGUCUCAACUUGAAUGGGCUUCAACCAUUUACGAGACUCUGCCCCGUGAUCCCAGCCCGGAAACUGCGAGGAUCAUGCUGCUCUGGGAAGCAGCACAGGAGAGCGACGCUUCUAGUAUUGCAAUGAAGGUUGACACAUGGCUUGCAAAGAACCCCGGACUCGAGUCAUCCAUCACAAUUGAAGCUGUGAAUGAUUUGCUUCAGUUUGCCAAUGUUUUCGAGAGACCCCAAUUGGCUGCCGAAUUCAUGAAGCUGGCAGAACAAUGGGCCCUCACGCCGGAUGAGCACACUUACACUUUGCAAUUGGAAUCCCGCAUCCAGGCUGGUGAUGUCAAGGAAACCUUGAAGCUUUUGGAGGAGAAGGUCGACCCGAACUCCCUCACAACUGGAAAUCUACCCCUUGCCAACAAAUUGAUCACGAUGCUUUGCCGCUCCGAGGAAAAAGACGCUUUGUUCCAACAAAUUUCAUCCCUCCUCGACCCUCUCUUCCAGGACAAUGUUCGUCUUGAUCCCAAGACCGUUGCCGCAUUGACACACCUACUUCUCUAUCGCCACGACUUGGAGGCUGUCUCAGAUCUCUUACGUCCAAGGCUGGGAGACUACGACGAUGAAAUGAAAAUGUGGGUUCGAUCCGCGCUCACAGACUUCAUUCUGGACAUGAGUCAGUCCGAUACAGAGGCAUGGAACGUAUAUGAGCUUCUGAAAAUUGCAUUCCCAGAGACCGGUGUCCCGAUGCGAACCAAGAUCAUGUCCUCUUUCUUCGAACGCGAGCGCAGUGAUCUUGCCGUCCAGGUAUUUGGACAUAUGCGCCAGGCGGAGGAAUGGCCCCGUCGCCCCAGACCAGACACCUACGCCCGUUGCUUCCAAGGACUAUCUCGCACGGCCGAUGCCACCAACCUGGAACUUGUGCACAACAUGCUUAAGCUAGACACUGAAGUUGACCUGACUACCAGAAUUCUGAAUGGCCUAAUGAUGGCCUAUACUGCAUGCGAAAUGCCAGAGAAGAGUAUGGAUAUUUUCAGACAAAUUCUUCAGUCUGAACAAGGUCCUACUCGCCACACUAUCAGAAUAUUCUUCAAGGUCUGCGAGAAGCACCACACUGGUGCUCAAGAAGCCUUGAAAAUGAUUUCCAAAGUCAAGAAGCUAGAUAUCACCCUUGAUCGCCCGCUUUACUCGGCAUACAUGGAAGCCGUGGCAGCACAGUGCGAAUUCGAUCUGGCAACCGAGGCCAUCGACAACAUGGAAGCCGAGGUCGGAAUCCUUCCAACCAGUAAUACUAUCGGACUUUUCUACAACGCAAUCCCGUAUCAGUACUGGAAGGAUGAGGUUGAGAAGUGGGCAAUCCAGAAGUAUCCCGAGCUCUGGGAACAUCUGGUUAAGACGAAUCGCACUGAGCACGAAGAAGGACUCAAGUUCGAUGGCAUCAUCAAUGAGGUGGUGGUUUAG